AUGGCUAAUUCCUACACGUUACUUGCUGACUUGAAGGCUGGGAGAUGCUCCAAUUCGGCUGAGAUCUGGCUCCUCCGAUUCUGGGAAGCCAGGAACCUAAACAAAAAUAAUCAGCCGAUGAGCAUCGAGAUGUUGAUGAUCGAGAAUAUAAUACUUAUUGAAAUUAGGAAGAAGAAAGAAGAGAGCUUACCGUUCUUCAAACUCUUCUCCUUCGCAGACAAAUUCGAUUACCAUUUGAUGAUCACUGGCACUCUUGGCGCCAUCAUUCAUGGCUCCUCCAUGCCUGUCUUCUUCUUGCUCUUCGGUGAAAUGGUAAAUGACAACCAUGGUGAUGAUAUGCAUGGUUUUGGAGCUUUGAAUAGAACUCCACCUGUUUUGACACCUGAGGAAGAACAUAAGAGACUAGGAGAGGAAUUAGCUCAUGAGGAAGGUCGCUCUGCCAAGAAGACCCACGAAGGUCAAGUGUUAAAGACCAGGAGUGAUUGA